UUGUUUUAUUUUUCCCUUUCCUCUCGUCUCGCUUCCUGUGAAGGCUAAAGCGGCUGCUUUCUUUCAGCUACCCACGCUUUCAAGCUUCCAACUUUCCCAGAAGCUCCAAGGCUGAAACCGAGGAGAAGACGCUACAAUUACUAAUUUGGGAUUCCAUUUUCAGUUUUGGCCAAUACCCUUUUCAAGUGACACAUAGGUGCCUAACAUCAUGUCAUGGUCAAGAAUUUCAAGUAGAAUUUCUCUCUUGAAUCACUCGAAGAAUCUACGGAUUUUGUCACACGAAUCAAGGUUUCUUCCUGAUUCUUUAUAUUCGAGUUACAAGUUCUUUAAAGCUUCUUCUGGGUGUGGCAACAAUGGUCUGAUGCCAAGAUGUGAAUUUAGCACAAAGCCUCUAACAAGGUCUUUUGAUUUCCAUCCUUAUGGUUCUCGAUGUUUAGUGAGAUUAUCUUCCUUUAGCAGUCAGCGCCACUAUGCUUCUCAUGCGUCCCAUGCUUCCACUGAGCGGAAAUCCAAAAAGACUCUUUUGUAUCUUACUGCAUUAGUGUUUGCAAUGGUGGGAAGUAGUUAUGCUGCCGUCCCAUUAUACCGAAGAUUCUGCCAGGCUACUGGGUAUGGUGGUACUGUCCAACGCCGUGAGAGUGUUGAAGAAAAGAUUGCUCGGCAUGAAAAAGAUGGGACAGUAGCAACAAGGGAGAUAGUAGUGCAAUUCAAUGCUGAUGUGGCGGAUGGAAUGCCCUGGAAAUUUGUUCCAACUCAAAGAGAGGUGAGAGUCAAGCCUGGAGAAAGUGCUCUUGCUUUUUAUACUGCUGAAAACCGAAGUUCAAAACCCAUAACUGGUGUCUCUACGUAUAACGUCACUCCUAUGAAGGCUGCUGUUUAUUUCAACAAAAUCCAGUGCUUUUGCUUUGAGGAGCAGCGCCUUCUUCCUGGAGAGCAGAUUGACAUGCCUGUUUUCUUCUACAUAGAUCCUGAGUUUGAAACAGAUGCCCGAAUGGAUGGUAUAAACAACCUGAUUUUAUCAUAUACUUUUUUCAAGGUUUCCGAAGAAUAGAAGGGGGAUAUUUAAAUUCAUAGUGAAAAUAGAAUAUCAUUCACAUGAGAAUAAAACUAUUGGUUAGGAUCCCGUUUUCAUAUACCGGGAGAAGAGGAAGAAGAAACAUUCUUUUGUCGAAAUUAUUUUGUUAUUACAGUCUCCUUUCCACCUCUUUAUGGUGGAAACAGUCUAUUUUUGUACCAGGCUCCUCCCUCUUCAUACCAACUUUUUCAGUCAUUCCCUAAACAAAACCAACUGCUUGUAGCAAAGGUUUAUUAUUGUUAUACUAGUUAUCAUUUUCAA